AUGGCGGCGGGCGGCGGCGGCGGCGGGAGCGCCGGCGGCGGCUGCGGCGUCGCCCCGCUCUCCCCGGGCCCGUUCCUGCCGCCGCUGCUGCUGCUGCUGGCGCUGCCCGGCGGCGCCGUGCCCGCGGCCGACACCGUGGUGCUGGGGCUGCGCCUGGAGGAGAGCACGAAGCCCGCGGCGGCGGCGGCGGCGGGGGCGGCCCGCGGGCCCAUCCGCCUCACGGAGGGCAGCGAGGCCCUGCUGCGGCUCUACGGGCUGGGGCUGGGCCCGCGGGCCGCCGAGCGCGUGGCCUUCGCCGAGCUGCGGCCGGGCGGCAACGCCUCGAGCGGCAACGCCACGUGCCAGGAGCGCUCGCAGGACCUGGUGGUGCGGCCGGGCCCCGCCGAGCCCCGCGACACCUCGGCGCUGCUGCGGGUGCGGGUGCAGCCGCUGCGCAAGGACGAGCGGGCCAAGACCUACGUGCUGUGCUCGCAGCGCCGGCCCGGCCAGCCCUGGCUGCCGCACCAGGGGCCCGACGGGCACGUGCUGGUGCUGGAGGAGAAGAAGUCGCUGCUGCCGCUGUGGCUGCAGGUGAUCCUGAUCGCGGGGCUGCUGGUGCUGUCGGGGAUGUUCAGCGGGCUCAACCUGGGCCUGAUGGCGCUGGACCCCAUGGAGCUGCGCAUCGUGCAGAACUGCGGCACCGACAAGGAGAAGCGCUACGCGCGCAGGAUCGAGCCCAUCCGCAGGAAAGGGAACUACCUGCUGUGCUCGCUGCUGCUGGGCAACGUGCUGGUCAACACCACGCUCACCAUCCUGCUGGACGACCUGACGGGCUCCGGCAUCGGCGCCGUGGUGGCCUCCACCGUCGGCAUCGUCAUCUUCGGAGAGAUCGUGCCGCAGGCGCUCUGCUCCCGGCACGGGCUGGCCGUGGGCGCCAACACCAUCGUGGUCACCAAGUUCUUCAUGCUGGUGACGUUCCCGCUGUCCUACCCCAUCAGCAAGCUGCUGGACUGCGUCCUGGGCCAGGAGAUCGGCACCGUCUACAACCGGGAGAAGCUGGUGGAGAUGCUGAAGGUGACGGAGCCCUACAACGACCUGGUGAGGGAGGAGCUCAACAUGAUCCAGGGAGCGCUGGAGCUGCGCACCAAGACGGUGGAGGACGUGAUGACCCCGCUGCAGAACUGCUUCAUGAUCAACAGCGACGCCAUCCUGGACUUCAACACCAUGUCCGAGAUCAUGGAGAGCGGCUACACGCGCAUCCCGGUCUACGAGGACGAGAGGUCCAACAUCAUGGACAUCCUCUACGUCAAGGACCUGGCCUUCGUGGACCCCGACGACUGCACGCCCCUCAAGACCAUCACCAAGUUCUACAACCACCCCGUGCACGUCGUCUUCCACGACACCAAGCUGGACGCCAUGCUGGAGGAGUUCAAAAAGGGGAAAUCCCACCUGGCCAUCGUGCAGAAGGUGAACAACGAGGGCGAGGGCGACCCCUUCUACGAGGUGCUGGGGCUGGUGACGCUGGAGGACGUCAUCGAGGAGAUCAUCAAGUCGGAGAUCCUGGACGAGUCCGACACCUACAUUGACAACCGCAGCAGGAAGAAGGUUUGCAACCAGAAGAACCGCCGGGACUUCUCGGCCUUCAAGGACCCCGACAACGAGCUGAAGGUCAAGGUGUCGCCUCAGCUGCUGCUGGCCGCCCACCGCUUCCUGUCCACCGAGGUGACGCUCUUCACCCCCAGCUACAUCUCGGAGAAGAUCCUGCUGCGGCUCCUCAAGUACUCGGACGUCAUCCAGGAGCUGAAGUUCGACGAGGAGAACAAGAAAUCCCCGCGGCACUUCCUGUACUGCAAGAACAAGGCAGCGGAUUAUUUCAUCCUCAUCCUGCAGGGCAAGGUGGAGGUGGAGGCUGGCAAGGAGUGCAUGAAGUUCGAGGCGGGGGCGUUCUCCUACUACGGGGUGAUGGCGCUGAGCCCCCCUGCUGGAGCUGAGCCGCGCUCGCCGUCGCACGGGAGCGGCCUGAACCGCUCGGCCUCGCUGAGCUGCCACGAGCGCUCCGACUCGGGCUCGUCGCCGGCCAGCGGCAGCAACAACCAGCUGGGCGCGGGCGGCGCGCAGUACGUGGCCGACUUCAGCGUGCGCGCCCUCAGCGACCUGCAGUUCGUCAAGAUCACGCGGCAGGAGUACCAGAACGGCCUGCUGGCCUCGCGCAUGGACAGCUGUCCCCAGUCCCCCGACAGCAACGCUCCGCGGCCGGAGCCGGGCGUCCCGGACAGAGCGGAGCCGCCGGCGCCGGCCGACGAGACCACGAGCUUGCUCAACGAGAGGAACUGCCUGAGCCGCCGGAGCAACCACAGCGGCCUGGAGAAUUCCAUCUGAGCCCGGCGCGCGCCCGCUGCGCCCACCCGCUCCCGGCAGGAGCCGCAGCGGCGCCGGGUGAGCCGGGAUCGGCUGGGAUCGGCCGGGAUCUGCUGGGAUCUGCUGGGAUCCGCCGGGAUCUGCUGGGAUCCGCCGGGAUCCGCCGCCGCCGCCGCUGCUUUUCCGGGCUGGCUCCUUCUGGCAUCGACGGAAGCGGCGCGGGCGACGCCAUCUCCGCCGGCACGGCGCCGACGGCUCAGGGAGCUUCGGGUCCCGGUCUGCCCCACCUGGGGACCCGGGCGGGGCGGGGACCCCAAACCUGCCAGGGGACCCGGGGCGGGGACCCCAAACCUGCCAGGGGACCCGGGGCGGGGACCCCAAACCUGCCAGGGGACCCGGGGCGGGGACCCCAAACCUGCCAGGGGACCCGGGGCGGGGAUCCCAAUCCUAGAGGAGAUCUGGGGCGGGGACCCCAAACCUGCCAGGGGGCCCAGGAUGGGCAUCUCAAUCCUACAGGAGAUCCAGGAUGGACACCCCAAACCUGCCAGGGGACCCGGGGUGGGGACCCCAGUCCUAGAGGAGAUCCGGGAUGGGCACCCCAAACCUGCCAGGACCCUGGGAUGGGCACCCCAAACCUGCCAGGAGAUCCGGGAUGGGCACCUCAACCCUGCCAGGGGACCCGAGAUGGGCACCCCAGUCCUGCCAGGACCCUGGGAUGGGCCUCCCAACCUUUCCAAGGUCCAUCCCAACCCCUCCGGGACCCCUGGGAUGGGAAUCCCGUCCCUUUCGGGAUCCCUGGGAUGGGAAUCCUGUUCCUUUUGGGACCCCUGGGAUGGGAAUCCCAUCCCUUUUGGGAUCCCUGGGAUGGGAAUCCUGUUCCUUUUGGGAUCCCUGGGAUGGGAAUCCUGUUCCUUUCGGGCCCUGGGAUGGGAAUCCCGUCCCUUUUGGGAUCCCUGGGAUGGGAAUCCCGUCCCUUUUGGGAUCCCUGGGAUGGGAAUCCCAUUCCUUUUGGGAUCCCUGGGAUGGGAAUCCCAUUCCUUUUGGGAUCCCUGGGAUGGGAAUCCCAUUCCUUUCAGGACCCCUGGGAUGGGAAUCCUGUCCCUUUUGGGAUCCCUGGGAUGGGAAUCCCGUUCCUUUUGGGAUCCCUGGGAUGGGAAUCCUGUUCCUUUCGGGAUCCCUGGGAUGGGAAUCCCGUUCCUUUUGGGAUCCCUGGGAUGGGAAUCCCGGUCGCUCAGAGCUCCGACACCAUUUGGGGAUGGAAUUUCCAUCCCUGUGGGGUCUCCUGCUCCACUUGGGGGUAUCCUGGGACGGGAAUCCCGACCCCUCUCCGGUGUUUUUGGGGUCCCCAGGAUAAGUCCUGACCCCUCUCCGGUGUUUUUGGGGUUCCUGGGAUAACUCCCAACCCCUCUCCGGUGUUUUUGGGGUUCCUGGGAUAACUCCCGACCCCUCUCCGGUGUUUUUGGGGUUCCCGGGAUAACUCCCGACCCCUCUCCGGUGUUUUUGGGGUGCCCAGGAUAACUCCUGCCCCCUCUCCGGUGUUUUUGGGGUCCCCAGGAUAACUCCCGACCCCUCUCCGGUGUUUUUGGGGUCCCCAGGAUAAGUCCUGACCCCUCUCUGGUGUUUUUGGGGUUCCUGGGAUAAUUCCUGCCCCCUCUCCGGUGUUUUUGGGGUUCCCAGGAUAACUCCCGACCCCUCUCCGGUGUUUUUGGGGUCCCCAGGAUAACUCCCAGCCCUUUCCCCGUGCCCUCCCCCCUUUCCCCGCUGGCCCGGGGGGUUCCGGGGGACACGGGGACAAAGUUGGGGACCCUCAGAGUUCUGGGGACGCCCCAAAUCCCGGCGGGGUCUCGGGGCUCUGGGUUUUGGGGUGACGCAGCGCUAGUGACCAAAGUUGUACAGGCAGGAGGGGGCUGAGGGUCCCCCCGAGCCCCCCGGGACCCCCCGA